AUGUUGAAAGUGACAAAACAUCGACAUAACCGUGAUAAUGUAUUUCCAGCACUGUUAAGAGCUAUCAAGCGAGGGAUGUUUGAGUUUACUGACAGUGUAUUGCAAGCAAGACCAGAUCUCAUGUGGCUCUCUAAUCAAAAGGGCAGGAACGUCUUUCAUUUGGCCGUUGAAUGUCGACAAGAAAAAAUCUAUAGCCUUAUUUAUAGACUCAAUGAAAGAAAAAGAAAAUUGAUUGGAAGUUUUACAGAUGAGUCUACCAAUAACGCGCUACAUGUGGCCGGGAUGCUAUACCCAUUGGCGAACCUCGAUAAUAUCGCAGGUGCAGCUUUGCAAAUGCAGAGAGAAGUGCAAUGGUUUAAGGAGGUCGAGACUAUCGUAUUACCCCGGGAUAAAGAAUCUACUAAUGACGACGGGAUGACGCCGCGUGAGCUGUUUACAAAGAACCACAAGGAAUUGGUGAAGGAAGGAGAAAGAUGGAUGAAAGAAACUGCAACUUCAUGUACAGUUGUAGGUGCUCUCAUUAUUACCAUCAUGUUUGCUGCAGCGUUCACAAUGCCCGGUGGAAACAAUGGACAAACAGGCUUCCCAAUAUUCCUGCAUAAAAAGUUUAGGGUUUUUAUAGUUUCAGAUGCUAUAUCACUCUUUUCUUCCACAACUUCAGUGUUGAUAUUUUUGGGAAUCCUUACAUCACGAUAUGCAAAAGACGAUUUCCUCAAAUCCUUACCCACAAAUAUGAUAAUC